CUGGCACGUGGAAGCUGAAACGCAUGCGUGUCAUGUUACUCCUGCAGGAUUCUCAGUCGCGUCAAGCCAGUCAGAAUCUGGUCUUCGGCACGCGUAGAUUUUUUUUUUUUCGUGUGUGUUAACGCGCGAGUGUGUCAGUGUUAAGGAAUAAGGUGUGCAUUAUAAAAAGCGACAAAAAAAAAAAAAAAAUUAAGUGCGUGCGCGACAAAGGGAGAAACUAUGACAACUUCAUUUCUUCUUCUAUUUAUCGGAAUCUUCUUCUCUCAUAUUUUCGUCAUAGGAGGACGGCAGGCGAGAAAUGUUCAAAUUCAUGGAAAAUCUGCAAAUAAUCAUGGGACUCACGAUAUUGCAACGGUUGAUGAUUUCACGAACGAUUCACUGCCAAGAUUUGCAGAGCCAAUACCAAAUGUGACAGUGAGCAUAGGGCGAGACGCCCAACUAUCUUGCGUUGUCGACAAUCUACGAAAUUUUAAGGUAGCGUGGGUUCGUGUCGACACACAAACAAUUCUCUCAAUUCAUCAUAAUGUAAUUACACAAAAUCCACGUAUAUCACUUUCAUACAAUGAUCAUCGUUCUUGGUUUCUUCACAUAAAGAAAGUUCAGGAAGUGGAUCGUGGUUGGUACAUGUGUCAAGUAAACACAGACCCUAUGAGAAGUCGUCAGGGCUACCUUCAAGUUGUUGUGCCACCGUCGAUCAUUGCCAAAGAAACAAGUACGGACAUGGUUGUACGUGAAGCAUCGAAUGUAACAUUAACUUGCAAGGCAACCGGAUAUCCAGAGCCCUAUGUUAUGUGGAGACGUGAGGAUGGAGAGAAUAUAAAUUAUAAUGGCGACAGUGUGAGCGUUGUGGACGGUGAAGUCUUACACAUUGUCAAAAUUAGUAGACUUCAUAUGGGAGCAUAUUUGUGCAUUGCUUCAAAUGGUGUUCCACCUUCUGUGAGCACACGCGUCUCUCUUCGUGUUCAAUUUCCGCCAAUGUUAUCGAUACCAAAUCAAUUAGAGGGAGCUUAUAUCGGACAAGACGUUACUCUGGAAUGUCACACGGAAGCGUAUCCAGACUCAAUAAAUUAUUGGACAACGGAACACGGCGACAUGAUUGUUUCUGGCAAUUACCGUUCCGUUGCAGGAGACAAAUACGAAGCGAUUUCUACAAAAAGUGGUUACAAUCAAUACAUGUUACUCAAGAUAAGAAAUGUUGGAGUCAAAGACUUUGGUUCAUAUAAAUGCGUCGCACAAAAUUCUUUAGGAGGAACUGAUGGUGUCAUUAAAUUAGACCAAAUUCCAGCACCUUCAACAACGACGACACAAAUGUCUCUCUUUGCAACAGCUUCAUCAAAGCAAAAUGGGAGGAAUGGUAACAAGAAAUCACGACAGCGACCAAUCGACUAUGAAGUGGAGGAAUGGCGAGAUUCAGAUUACAACAGAGAUUACGGAUUAGCGUCGAUGAGGCCUCCGGGUGAUGUUCCGUCAGACGCAUUGAGUCAAGGCGCCGCCUCCACCCCCGAGGUCUAUCUCUCGUUCUUCCUCGCUCUUCUUUCCUGUGCACUACUUCCGGCCUUCAGGAGGUGAUUCUUGCGUCAGGGAUGGAGCUUCCAGUUAGCUUGUGUUAGAAAAUGUGAGUGUCAACAAUGAAAAAUCUUGGCUACCUUUGGAUUUGGUGGCCAAAAAUUCUCGGCCCUCUUUUACCAAUAUUCGAUGAUAGACGAUGGUUUGCUGAGAUUCAAAAAAAAAAAAAAAAAAGUGAAAAAGAGAGAAUAUGUGCUAAAUUAUUUUCGUACCAAAGAAAACGACUUAUAAACGAAGAACACUAAACUAUAAGUAUACUGAUUAAAUAUGUAAGUACUUUUAGGCUGUAAUGACCUUUAAAAAAAAAAAAUUGGUCAACGUACGCAUAAAUCUUAGCGAUAAUUACUGCCAAGUGUUUCUUGAUAUAAAAAUAACCAAUGACUGAUUUUAAUUUUUAAUUUCAAUUUAAAAAAAAUAAAAAUUUUGUUUAAAUCAAAAAUUCCAAUAACUGUAUAAUCUAUUUAGUUUAUUCAACCAUUUGGUUGUUAGAAACAAAUUCUUUUCUCAAUGUAACAAAAUUAACAUUAUUGAUUUAAUAAGAGAAUAAAAAAAAAACGAUUAUUUAAUUAUUUAAAGAAAAGGUAAAAUUG